UUUAUUAGGCUUGACUUAUAAAUGAGUCGGCCCGCACCCACAACCUUCCCUCGAUUCUCAAUGCGACACGCAAGCUCUCUCUCUCAUCUUGCGUUCAAACCCCAGAUUCCAAUCAUCACCACCCUCCACUCUUCCCAGUAUACCAAGCCAAUCCCCAACGUUACACCGAGGUCAGCAUGGAUUCAGCCUCAUCUGCCGAGGAGAAAGAUCCCGAUGAUAUCAACGUCGACUACACAACGAUGUUCGUAAUGGAGAAGCCCCAAAUUUAUCGGUCUAUGCUAGCGCCAAAGUGGCUCAAUAUGCGGUGGACUGUCAGUGUGAACAAUCUCAGCUUCAACGCAACUUCUUUCAUUUUAUAUCCAUCGCCGCCAAAGUUUACCUCGGGCGACCCGCAGAACGUCUUUACCUGCGUAUACCAACAGAGCCAGUCAAUAAAUGCGAGAACGGGUUCCAAUGAGUUUGGGAUUGCCAUGCAAGGUGUCGGCUCGCACCCGAUUUUUGUGGUCACAGGCUCCCCCCAUCACCAGUUGGAGCCAGGCCUGCAGGUCUAUGCAACUGAUACGUGCGAGACCUAUCUGGCUGAGAACCCCCAGACAAGUUGCAACAUGGUCUUGCCUAAAGAUGCAGCGGCAUCCUUCACACCCGGAUCAGGCCGAGUAGACAAAAAUAGUACGUCAGAAAAGGCCUCCAUUCGCAUCUCAUGCGACAGCUUUGCCGGCAACGAUAAAGCACGACCAUUCGUUGGACUGGGUGCGCCAGCACCAUUUGGAGUGGGAAUUGUGCCAACCGUCGUGUGGAAAGCAGUCCCCAACCAGAGUUUCCACUUAGCACCAAUGUCUAAUAAGUGGAGGAUUGCAAAGUCGACUGCCAAAACAAAAAUCAUCUUGGAUCUUAGCUCACAAAUGCCGUCUGAUUGGAUAGAGGUCGAGUUCACCGAGGACAACCGGGAGAUACAGAUCGAUCACAACACCGAUGGUACUUUCUCGUUCUCCAGCGACGAGUAGAACGGUACCUUAAGGGUUGGCCGAGAAGACAUCCCUCGUUUGUAAUUAUUGACUACUUAGCCUGCUUGAAGGAGCCGUAGAGAAAUUGUGAAGUAGACAAAGCAACACAUUUCCGAAUCUCUACGAUGAUGCCCCCCGUCGAAGAGGCGUGUCGUUGAAACUGGCCAACACGUGACUGGCACGUCGAGGUGUGGAUGGAGCUUACAACUGCGUACCUGGACCGGGGGUUAGGUACUGGGGCUUCAUGGUGUGAUUGAACUUUUGACCAGG